AUGAAUAUUAAUAUCUGUCAUUUUAGAAACCUUCCACAAGUAUGAUGGAUUUAUAUAUCCUGAACCGUCUACAUGGUCAUUGGUCAGAUGGUUUUCUUCUGGAUCUGCAUUGGAUGACAGGAGAGCAUUCUUUCGAGAAUUUUUUCCGAAGUGGAGCGCAUUUCACAUUGAUUCCUUUGAUCCCCAAAUUCAACCAGUGGAAGCACUGGAACAGCUCGACUGUUUGGUUCAGGGCAUUUCUGCAGUCUGGACAAUUAAUGACACUCGAUAUCAACAUCGUUUUAAGGUUGAUUAUGACAAACUUAGCCUUUCGGAGGUAGGCCUAAUUAGUAAAGACAUGUUAUAAGAAAUGGUACAAAUUUGCUGGGCAAAUAGUAUUGCUACAGUGCAGUAAGGUUCAAAUUUAAUCGGACAUCCUUAAACAAAUUGCAUUGCCAUAGAUUGUAAAACCUGAAACCAGCUGACAAUUUAAGUAAAAUACAUAACAAAAACCGAAAAAUAAAAACAAACUGGGCUACUGUGAAUAAUAUGACAUGUAAAUUAAAUAAAUGGUUAUACAAGCUUUUGAUAUGAUUACAGACUCGUUAUCAUGUAAUUAAAAUGCCUGCAUGUAUUUUAUUGGUUUGCUGCUUACUACAAUAUGUUGAGAUAUCUAAAACCUUCAUGUAUAGCAAAAAGGAAAGUUAAGCUUCAAGAAUCAAGGGCGACCGGAUAUUUUUUCCCUGAUUAUCUGUUAUUGUUAUUUGACUAGACAAUACAAAAUUACACUAUUUUUCUUUUAGGUUUUCAAGGAAAUUUUAAUGCCAAAACUUGAGGCAAACUUGACAGUUUUGGGAAGUCAAACAAAGGAUGCGAAAGAUAAAGUUCAUGUGGUGCUGUCAUCGGUUAUAAUAACUUACGUGUUUACCAAAUAUCAUGUUAAUUUGAAAUGCGAGCAGUAUGAAACUUUAUUGAAAUGUUUAAAGCUACCUCCAGAUAAGGAAGUAUGUUCCGAAUUUAUGAAGAGUAUUAAUGAAUUUGACGACAAUAUUUUAAGGCAAGUUUAUGGCGUUGUUAUUUCAGGGAUAUCGCGUGUAUUUGAAAUAUUAAAUAAAGAAUAUUGCUAUCACAUAAGCAGUCAUGACAAUGCAAGGCAUGACUGA